AUGAAUCUUCCUGAUGAUGAUCUGACUAUGGAUGACCUUCCUGAUGAUCAUUUGACAAUGAAUAACCUUCCUGAUGAUGAUCUGACAAUGGAUAACCUUCCUGAUGAUCAUCUGACAAUGGAUGACCUUCCUGAUGAUCAUCUGACAAUGGAUAACCUUCCUGAUGAUCAUCUGACAAUGGAUAACCUUCCUGAUGAUCAUCUGACAAUGGAUAACCUUCCUGAUGAUCAUCUGACAAUGGAUGACCUUCCUGAUGAUGAUCUGACUAUGGAUGACCUUCCUGAUGAUCAUCUGACAAUGGAUAACCUUCCUGAUGAUCAUCUGAUAAUGGAUAACCUUCCUGAUGAUGAUCUGACAAUGGAUAACCUUCCUGAUGAUCAUCUGACAAUGGAUAACCUUCCUGAUGAUGAUCUGACAAUGGAUAACCUUCCUGAUGAUCAUCUGACAAUGGAUGACCUUCCUGAUGAUCAUCUGACAAUGGAUAACCUUCCUGAUGAUCAUCUGACAAUGGAUGACCUUCCUGAUGAUGAUCUGACUAUGGAUGACCUUCCUGAUGAUCAUCUGACAAUGGAUAACCUUCCUGAUGAUGAUCUGACUAAGGAUAACCUUCCUGAUGAUCAUCUGACAAUGGAUAACCUUCCUGAUGAUGAUCUGACAAUGGAUAACCUUCCUGAUGAUGAUCUGACUAAGGAUAACCUUCCUACAUCUAUCGUUGCAUGCUGA